UCACAUCAUUAUCUUUUUUAUAUGUUCUGUCUUUUGCCCGCCGGAGAGGCUCCAUCUCCCGUAGAUGUGGAAUCAAGCUGAUAAGGCGUUUGCAGCUUAUCGCUAGUUGAUCAGCAUUCAGCAGCCAGCAAGCACACAAUAUGGUGAAUAUGUAUAUAAGCGACUAAAUAGCUUGGCUCGGGUCCCCAUCGCCCAUUACUUAUAUUUCUGAAUGAGUAAUAAGCUCUUGCCGUCUCAUCACCCAACCACUUGUAAAAGCGAUCCAAAAUGGCCAAAUACACUCUUUACCAACUUAUUGGCAAGGCGGAGCAUCCUGAUGGCCGAGUCAUCUCUCCUCACGUUUGGAAAACCAAACUUGAUUUAGCCUACUUUGACCAGGAAGUCAAAGCUGAGGGGAAGACUUUCCCUCAAAUCCGAGGAGAACUCGUCGAAACUACCAAGAAUUCUGCGGUGACCGUCCCCACUAUCGUUGACGACGAAGGUCUUGUCAUUACCGACUCUUGGAAAAUUGCUGAAUACCUUGAAGCCGAGCAUGGAUCUGCUGAGAAGUCUGUCUUCGGCGGACAAGUUGGCAAGGAGUUUGCCAAGUUCGUUGAGAUCUGGAGCAACACUACUCUUGCCAAUGAAUUCCGACCUCUGAUCGCUCCUGCCAUCUUUGAGCACUUUGACGAACCUUCUAAAAACUACUUUAUCAAGUCCAAGUUCGGAGACGACCUUUCUCGCUUCGAAGCGCAUAAAUCCAAAUUCUCCGAUCCCAGCAAUCUCAACGCCCAGCUCGCUGCCGCCCGUACCCGAUUAAAUGUCAUCGAGACUCUAUUGGGCUACAAAAAAGAGAAAGGAGAGCCUCUCUGGUUGUCCGGUAAACCUUCUCAUGCUGAUUUCUGCUUGUUUGGCUGGUAUGCCGCUUCAAGGAUCAACCCCGCUGUCGAGAGGGGUGUUUGGAGGCAUGAGGAAAACCCAUUGGUUGGGGAGUGGCUGGACUUGAUCUUGGGAAGCGGUUUAGUGGACCAGACCCAACUCAACUAAAAGGGGCAGAAGAUCGUAUCGUGAACAUUUUCAACAUGAACAUAAAAAUAUGCAU